UCUUUUCUAAUAAUUAAAGUGAAGACCGCCAGGACGCCUCGUUAAUUAUUAAAGCCGCAGCCGCGAGGAAGCCUCAAAGUUCACGCCGGACGUGUUGGUCAAACGAGCCGAGGCGACAUGGCCACCGACAGCCCUUCAGUGGCCCCCGGCGCCGGCAAGAAGUUCGCCCUGGAGAUCGCGGACAUCGCCGUGAUUGCCGUUUAUUUCGUGUUCGUCGUGGCGGUGGGCAUCUGGUCUUCCAUAAGAGCAAACCGAGGCACCAUAGGGGGAUAUUUCCUUGCUGGACGAUCCAUGACCUGGUGGCCGAUUGGCGCCUCUCUGAUGUCCAGUAAUGUUGGCAGUGGGCUGUUCAUUGGACUGGCGGGCACUGGGGCAGCAGGGGGCAUUGCUGUGGGGGGAUUUGAGUGGAACGCAGCCUGGGUGCUCAUUGCCCUCGGGUGGAUUUUUGUGCCAGUCUACAUAGCAGCUGGUGUGGUCACCAUGCCAGAGUACCUGCGGAAGAGAUUUGGGGGCCAGCGGAUUCGAAUCUACAUGUCGGUGCUCUCCCUGGUUCUGUACAUCUUUACUAAGAUAUCGACAGACAUCUUCUCUGGAGCUCUCUUCAUCCAGGUGUCUCUCGGCUGGGACCUUUAUGUCUCCACGGUGCUCCUUUUGGUGGUGACGGCUGUCUAUACCAUCGCAGGGGGCUUGGCAGCCGUGAUUUACACAGACGCCCUGCAAACGGUCAUCAUGGUGGCGGGGGCCUUUGUUCUAAUGUUUCUAGGCUUCGAGAAGGUGGGCUGGUAUGAGGGACUGCAGGAGAAAUACAGCCACGCCUCACCCACCCUGACCGUGGCCAACACCUCCUGCCACCUGCCCCGAGCUGACGCCUUCCACAUGUUUAGAGACCCCAUCACGGGUGACCUGCCCUGGCCGGGCCUUAUCUUUGGACUUACAGUGCUGGCCACCUGGUGCUGGUGCACUGAUCAGGUCAUCGUUCAGCGCUCGCUGUCUGCCAAGAAUCUUUCCCAUGCCAAAGGGGGCUCCGUGUUAGGUGGAUACCUGAAGACGAUGCCCAUGUUUUUCAUUGUAAUGCCCGGCAUGAUCAGCAGAGCUCUCUUUCCAGAUGACGUGGCCUGCGUGGAGCCGGCAGCCUGUGAGGUCGUCUGUGGUGCCAGGGUGGGCUGUUCCAACAUUGCCUACCCCAAACUCGUCGUGGAGCUCAUGCCCACCGGCCUCCGUGGCUUGAUGAUUGCUGUGAUGAUGGCGGCACUGAUGAGUUCCCUCACCUCCAUCUUCAACAGCAGCAGCACCCUCUUCACCAUGGACAUAUGGCAGCGGAUUCGCAGAAAUGCCACUGAGCGCGAGCUCAUGGUGGUCGGCAGGGUGUUCAUCGUGUUGCUGGUGGUGGUCAGCAUUUUGUGGAUCCCCAUCAUUCAGACCUCUAACAGCGGGCAGCUCUUCGACUACAUCCAGGCCAUCACGAGCUACCUGGCGCCACCCAUCGCAGCUCUCUUCCUCAUGGCCGUCUUUUGGAAGCGGGUCAACGAGCAGGGGGCCUUCUGGGGCCUGAUGGUGGGCUUGCUGAUUGGGACCAUCAGGAUGGUGAUGGAGUUCGUCUACGGGGUCCCUGCCUGCGGCGAGGAGGACAAGAGGCCGGCGCUGCUCAAGGAUGUCCAUUACCUCUACUUUGCACUCAUCCUGCUGUGUCUGACCGCCUUGGUUAUCACCGUGGUCAGCCUUUGUACCCCUGCCAUCGAGGAGAAGCACUUGGUCCGGCUGACUUGGUGGACGAGGCACAGCCAACUGCCACGGGUGGAGCUGGAAGACCCCUGGACUCUGCCCGUAUCUUCAAGCUCUGGCCCUGAGAAGGCGGCCAGCACAGAAGAUAAAGGCAGGGGGCAGCCACAGCCAGAGGAGGAGGUGAAAGCCAUGUCACUCGGGAAGAAGCUGCUGUUCUGGUUCUGCGGCUUGUCCACCACAGCUCGUCCCACGCUGACCCCUGAGGAGAAGGAAGCUUUGGACAAAAAGCUGACCAGCAUUGAAGAAGAGCCCCUCUGGAGGAACGUGUGCAACAUGAACGCCCUCGUCCUGCUGGCCGUCAACGUCUUCCUGUGGGGCUUCUUCGCCUGAGGACUUUGGGGGGUUGCCUCCACCCAGCCCGCUCUAUUUAUUUCUUUGUAGGCCAACGCGUUUGCGUCUCCGGUAAAUGCGAGUGCAGAGUG